AUGGGGCCGAUCGUCGAGCAACCGAGUGUUGAUGAGGGGCAGGCGGAGGCGGAGCGGCAGGAGGAGCAACAGCAAGUGGAGCACCAAACAGAGCAGCUGACAGAGCAGCAGCAGCAGCAGCAGCAGCAGCAGCAGGAGGAGCGGCAGCAGCAGCAGCAGCAGCAGCAGGAGGUGCGCCUCUCAGACAAAGGGGACUCUGAUAUGGCGGAGGCGGCUGGUGCAAACGACGACGCGGCCACCUAG